UCGCUCGAAUACCAGCUCCGAUACGGUUCGCCGAACGUCGAUUUCAUGAGGGUGAUGCGGUGAUCAGUGACCGUUAUCGAAACACCCCGGAAGGAUCGCGCUUAAAUCUCAGGACGAUCUUAUCAAGCGAUUAGCAUCGGGGUCAUGCACAUGACCCUGUGAGUGCGAUUCGAGAAGGAUCCGAGUUCGCGUCGACCAAGUAUCAAGAACGUGAGUACCGCGAGAAGAUGUUCGUUCAGUGAUAGUGCACGGUGUUAGCCCUUGAUCAACGAUAAGAAACGACAAGAGCGGAUUUGCACGCUGGGACAUUCUGCGAUUACGAGACACGCGAGACACACGCCGGAAGAUGAGGCUCUGGAUGUUUCUCACCGUGCUCUCGGUGACGGUGCACGCGUCGCUGGAGGAGAUCACCAGGAACAAAAAUCGCGGCAGAGGAUCCACGUGGUGGGGUAUUGCAAAAGCAGGCGAACCGAACAAUUUUUUACCGAUGUCAGCAGGUUCCAUACACAUGGAACCGGUCUACGCCACCCUAAGAAGAAAACAGAGGAGGCUUGCUAGAGAGAAUCCAGGAGUACUGAUGGCAGUGUCAAGGGGUGCGAACCAAGCUAUCGCCGAAUGUCAACAUCAGUUUCGCAACAGGCGAUGGAAUUGCUCGACGAAAAAUUUUCUAAGAGGGAAAAAUCUUUUCGGCAAGAUCGUCGAUAGAGGAUGUCGAGAGACUGCUUUCAUCUACGCCAUCACGAGUGCAGCAGUGACUCACAGUAUCGCUAGGGCAUGUAGCGAAGGCAGCAUUCAGUCGUGUUCCUGUGAUUACACUCACCAGUCACGCGUAUCAUCUGCCGUUAAAGAUUGGGAAUGGGGUGGUUGCUCGGAUAACAUUGGAUAUGGCUUCAAGUUCUCUCGCGAAUUCGUCGAUACUGGCGAACGUGGCCGAAAUCUCCGUGAGAAGAUGAAUCUACAUAACAAUGAGGCCGGCAGAGCACACGUGACUUCGGAGAUGCGUCAGGAAUGCAAGUGUCACGGUAUGUCCGGCUCGUGUACGGUAAAGACCUGCUGGAUGCGGCUGCCGAAUUUCCGUGUGGUCGGCGAUAACUUGAAGGAUCGUUUCGACGGGGCUUCUCGGGUAAUGGUCAGUAACUCAGACCGAGCGCGCGUUACCAACAAUGCCAUCACCAGCAACUCGGCGAGCAACUCUGUGCACCAGCAUCGUGAUGGUCUCGGACGUCGGCAGCGCUACAAUUUCCAGCUGAAGCCAUACAAUCCGGAGCACAAGCCGCCCGGGCAGAAGGAUCUGGUCUACGUGGAGCCGUCGCCGCCAUUCUGCGAGAAGAAUCCCAAACUCGGCAUCUUGGGCACUCACGGGCGACAGUGCAACGACACGAGCAUCGGCGUUGAUGGCUGCGACCUGAUGUGCUGCGGUAGGGGUCACAAGACUCAGGAGGUGACGGUAAUCGAGAGGUGCUCCUGCACUUUCCACUGGUGCUGCGAAGUCAAGUGCCAGCUGUGCAGGACGAAAAAGACGAUACACACAUGUCUGUGAAAAGAAACUCGAUCGUAAGAUAUCUCGUAAUCUUGAUCAUCUUCGAUACAACCUUCGUACAGGGUUAAACGUUCAAAGUUCGAACUUUUCCUGUUUUCGCGGUACUUCCUUUAUGUAUAUAACGAUAUACGUUGAUGAAUUCAAAG